AUGGUCCGUUACGCCGCCCAGGAGAUCGAAAACGGCAAGAGCGCCCGCGCCCGGGGCUCUUACCUCCGUGUCAGCUUCAAGAACACCCGUGAGACCGCCCAGGCCAUCAACGGCAUGAAGCUGUCCAAGGCCGUUACCUUCCUCGAGAACGUCACCACCAAGACCAUGGCCGUUCCCAUGCGCCGCUACGCUGGCUCCACCGGUCGCACUGCCCAGGGCAAGCAGUUCGGUGUCUCCAAGGCCCGCUGGCCCGUCAAGUCCGCUGAGCACAUCCUUGAUCUGCUCAAGAACGCCGAGGCCAACGCCGAUGGCAAGGGUCUCGACACCAACGCCCUGGUUGUCAAGCGCAUCCAGGUCAACCAGGCCCCCAAGGGUCGCCGCCGCACUUACCGUGCCCACGGUCGUAUCAACCCUUACAUGACCAACCCCUGCCACAUUGAGCUCAUCCUCACCGAGGCCGAUGAGGAGGUCAAGAAGGGCCCCCAGGCCGCCCUCGAGAAGAAGACCCGCCUCUCUUCCCGCCAGCGUGGCACCCAGAUCCGCCGUGCUCUCAUUGAGGCAUAA